AUGAAUGGCGGAGGCCUGCCACCAGAGCAGGCGCGACCUCAUCCACCGGAUGAGACCCCGACGGACGUUCCUGUACGGCCGUUUACCAACCCUAAACACUCGCGGCAAGGCUCCUUGGAGGCGGGCCGCAAACGCAACGCUCGCGCCAAACUCGAGAAUCCAGUGACGGUGACCAGGUUUUCACAAAAACCGUCUGCCACCAGGAUGCCCGCAGCCGAAGUGGCGGACGCCACACCACCGGAGGAUCCCAGUGAAAACAUGGACGUCUCCAGCCCAGAAGAACCAUCAAACUCUCCAACAAUCCCCAUCACGCGCACAACAGAGCCCACCCGAGCGGGAAAACGUCACCCCUCAAUGAAACACCGCGACACCCCGCAAUUGGCAGCCGACCGUGCAGCACAUGCGGAAUGCAAAGCAUCGUGCUUCGCAUGGACCGAUUCCAAGCGUCCACCGACCCACCGAGAACUCGACAUUUUAAAUGCCAUCCUUGCGGGCCAGCUGGCAUUGGACACUCCCCCCAAGUUUCUCAAACAAAUCCUCACGCCUCUGGAAAUCGCACUCUUCAGCGACCAAAUGAGGCAACAAUUUGGAUUUCUCCAAGUUCCUAUCAAAGCUCUGGCCCGUCUCCCUACAGAAAUGACCAGCACAUCCCUGGGACGGCUGUUCUUCCCUAUGCAUGCCAGCACCAACCGCGAGGCGGUUCAGGACUGCGAUGCACUCCGCCGCGAUAUGCACUCGUGCUAUAUCCACCCCCACGGAAGGAAACUGAUCAUACAAUUCAACUCCAAGCAAAAGGCAUCCCUGUGGCGGGAUCGACAGAUCGCGUUCCUGGGGCACGCCUCAUGGCUGCGCCACUACCGGCGCCCAGAAGAUGCGACCUCCCACCUCGACACCGAAGAAACCCAGAAGUGCACGGCGUACAGUUUCCGCCUGCUCAAUAUCCCCGCCCACAUCAAGGCACUCCAGGUCAUCCAUCUCCUCCAACAACUCGAGGUGGUGGUCACCAGCAUGGAGAUCGCCCAACAUAUGGGCAGCGGAGAACUCGAUGCCAACAGCUAUCUGGUGGUUACCAACUCGGGCAAAGUACCACCCCAACUCGUCGGCAAAUCUCGCAUUAGUAUCGGUACUACCACGGUCCAGCUCCAUCACUUCCAAGACUACGGAAACAUGCCGUGCCAUGGGUGCGCAGCGUUAGACCAUCAGGCGGAGAAAUGCCCCAAGACGGCGUUCCAGACCGAACGGGUCAUUACAUUGUCCCCAACACUCUGGGCCGAUCCCACCAAUACUGAAAUCACCACUAGACCCACGUUCCUCGAAUGGCGAUCCCAGAUCGACCACCAUAGCCCCUCGCACCCCAUUAGCACUCCCGACGAUGAACCAAAUGACACGCACACGGUGGCCACCCGGGUGCCAUUGCAACUGACCACCCCACCAACGAAACCACAUCCAUCCACCGAAGUUGAUGCUGGAUCCCAGAGCAGGGCGUUGAACCACGGGACACAAACAUCACAACCAGCGGCGAACCCCACCAACGGCAUACCCCCACCCCUAGACGCCGCAAAGCCCGCCUCAUCCAUGCCGCAUCACCCCGCCGGCACUGGAUCGGCCCCACCAGACCCGUCGCAGUGGCCGCCGUACCCCGACAACCCUGCCCAUCUGCACAACGCACGGCAACAUGAACUUGAACGUGAUUACCCCCCAGAAGCUGACGCCGCGGCACGGAUGCAUCUAGGCACUGGGCUUGCUGACCACGUAGAGUGGAGAACCCCACCCCUCACCCCAAUCUCCCCCACCACAAGGCAAUCCACAGUCGCCAGUCACAUCCAUAUGACCGACGCCGCGACGGACAUGCCGUGGAUGGACACGGAGCGGGACCCCCUCCACUCCAGACUAACUAAAACAGACGAUGCAACAUCACCCAUUUCGGACAUACCCGAACAACUCUCACCCCCCCGCACGAGCCAGCAAACCCCAGAAGAUCACUCCCCCGCCGCCUCCCCAGAGGGCAUGCGAUCGACACCGACAAGCCCAACCCCAUCCGAGGUGGACAUGGACACCUCCGAGCCGGAUGAAGAGCCGUGCGUACAACGCCUAGUCUCCACCACCCUCCCCCCCACCGGACGCAGCGCCACAGACGAACACAACGACGCGGUACCACACCUCCCGGCCGCUGGCGCCCAACCCACCAUCACUGCAGAAGAGGUCUUUCAAGCGAGGGUCCAGACGACGGUCAGCCCCUCCAUAGUUACCGGGAGCAUUGCCAGUAUGAUGACCCCAGCCCCAGAGACCAUAGACCUGUCGGACUUACCAGCGCCCCAGGCAUCCCCAGAUGGACUUUGCAUCGUGGCCGCACUGGGUCAAUGCUGUGUGCUGGCACUAUACUGCGCCAAACACGGACACGCAUGGUCCGGGCGGUCGCACCACGAUGUUCGCAUUAUUGAAGCCAUCAAAGACCUCAAGACGGCGAUACGCGACGUCGUUCAGGCGCACCCGGCCUUUACGGGCCACUACAUGCCACGAUGGCCCCACCAGCUGGAAGACUCGGCGGUACAGUCUCAAGGGUCCGUCGACGACUACAUUCACCAGUUCUUCGCACGCCUCAUCGCCGCCCACCCGGCGCAAGGCAUCCCCAAACGAGACUGGUGCGGCUACCCUGAGAUAGGAGCCGCGGCAGCCGUAUGGGGUCAUCCAGUUUACGUCCUGCAAGAGCAGCAGGUGGACAACACGUGGUGGCUUUGGCGUGUCGGGUUCACGACGGGGGCCACGGAUAUCGACAAGGUUCCUAUCCCGACGCACCAGUGGGAGGAUACUCUAGCCAAGUUCACUCCAACCACGGUCCUCCUGGCUCAUAAAGAAGGUCUCACCGGCAGGAAGUUUCCUGCCCCGAUCACUACAGUGGCCGAGAUUGAACCACUCUUCGCGGACUUUCCCCGGACUGCCCGCGUAAUGCUCUUCACCCUUGGGAACCCAGAAACUCUCCUGAGUAAACUACCCUUGCAAGUACUCAUGGACUGGGGAGACCACAUGCUCCUGGAAAUCGUCUACGCCACAAUGGACGCCAUGCGGGACCUCUACCCCCACAAGGCCCUCCACACUCGCCUCGACAGGUGGAAAGACGCCAUCUUUGAUGCACCCACCCUGCCACUGGCGAUGACCGAGUCCCUUAGCGAUACACAGUGGUCCUCUCUCCUCCAAGUCACGGAGAUUCCCCUUGCCAUCUACGAUGGGCAUAAGGACGGCAUCGAGAUUGACGAACUCCCGGACAUCCCCACACUGGGAAACCUUCUCACCACGGUCACCCUCGGGGACCUACCGACCAUCCUGGACCACUUAAGCAAGGGCAAGUGGGCACUGCUCUGGCCCUGGGUCGAGAAACACCAUUUCGCGUGGGGAUACUCCUCCAGCGGAUACAAGGAGUAG